UGAUUUUUAUAACUUAUUUUGGUAUGAUAGCCUAUGGCCAAACGCUGACGCUAACCCUGUCCUCACCCCAUAUGCGACAAACUUCACAAAUCUGUCAUUAAAUCAAAUCCUGAACCAGUUAACAACCAUAAAGCUUAAUCGGAGCAACUAUCUUCUAUGGAAAACGUUGGCUCUCCCUAUUCUCAAGGUAUACAAGCUAGAAGGACACCUCACUAGUGAAACCCCUGCCUUUCGAAGCUUAUUUCAAUCGACCACACAAACAUCUCUACAACUAAAAAUAGUGAAGGAACAACUCAGAGUGUUGCUUCGACUUCGUCCGCAACCAUGAAGGUAAACCCCAAGUUCGAACAGUGGGUCACAACUGAUUUGCUUCUGCUAGGAUGACUUUACAACUCAAUGACACUUGAGGUUGCCACCAAACUUAUGGGUUUCACAAAUGCGAAAAAAUUUUGGGAAGCAACACAUCUUUUUGGUGUCCAAUCAAGAGCAGAGGAAGAUUUUCUUCGUCAAACGUUUCAAACAACACGAAAAGGUAGUUUUAAAAUGGAAGAUUAUUUGUGUGUUAUGAAAACUAAUGUUGAUAACCUCAGCCAAGCGGGUAGCCUAGUCCCUCCAUGUGCUCUUAUUUCACAGGUACUGUUGGGAUUAGAUGAAGUAUACAAUUUGGUGAUUGUUGUGAUUCAAGGAAAAUUGAACAUAUCAUGGUUGGAUAUGCAAUCUGAGCUUUUGAUUUUUGAGAAAAUGUUGGAGCAUCAUAAUACUCAAAGAAAUACUGGCAACAUAGUCCAAAAUGUAGCUAUCAACAUGGCUAAAAAAUUCAGUUCAAAUGAAUCCCGCUCCAAUAAUGGCCAUCAAUUACAUGGAAACAUCAGGAACAAUUUCAGUGGACAAAGAGGAGGUCCCUACAAUGGCAGAGGACGCGGGCGAGGUCGCGAUAACAAGCCAACAUGCCAAGCUUGGGGACAGAGCUACAAGGGAAACAUUGCUGAUAGGAACUCUUAAGGAUGGACUCUACCAUCUAGAAAGUGCUAGUGUGAUGACAGCUGAGGUAGAACAUAGUAGCAGUUUCAAGCAACAACAUAUGCACAAAAAUAAAGGAACAUCAUCAUUUAUUUUGUUGGGAGUAACAAAUCUUACCAAUAUCAAUGUCGUUGUAUUCAAAGUUGUUUGGCAUAAACGAUUAGGACACCCUUCUUCCAAAAUUUUGAACUCUAUAGUAAAGAACUGUAAAUUGCCUGUGAAUGACGGUGAUGAAAUAGAUUUAUGUGACGCUUGUCAGUUAGGAAAAGCUCAUAAUUUUCUGUUCACUAACUCUCAAUCUCAAGCUACUGAAUCAUUCGAUAUUAUUUACUCUGAUUUAUGGGGUCCUGCUCCAAUAUGUUCAA